UUGAUCGGGUAACUAUAUCCUUCUGUGUGUCGUCGUAAUACAACAAGGAAAAAGAGAUGGAGGAUUGGUUGGGCGACGAGGCAGCAAAUGCAUAUCUUGCGAUUCCGAAUUUUCCACCACAUAUAGCAAAAUAUGUUCUGAGUCGUCUCAAAAAAAUUGAAGGAAAUGAAAAAACGAAAAAGUUCAAUUUUGUCAUGGAUGCCGGUUGUGGUAAUGGGAUAUCUUUGAUAGACUAUUUACCCUAUUUUGAUAAAGCGGUUGGAUUUGAUGCAAGUCAAGAUCAAAUUGAUAGAGCAAAAGAAAGGAUAAAAUCUGACGCAGUAACUUUUCUUGUUGGACGAGAGGACGCAUUGCCUGCACCAGAUAACUCUGUGGAUCUGUUGCUGAGCGUUGGAGCUUUACAUUACAUGAAACUGACAUCAUUUUUGGGUGAAUGUGAGAGAAUUUUAAAAAAUACCGGAAUGUGUACCAUUUAUUACCGUACAUUUUCUAAACUGCUUGUACAUUAUCCGAUGAAGGACAAAUCACAACUUGCAGACGGAUCUCAAUUUCUUCUCGAUUAUCGAAACAAAUUACACGAGUAUUUCAAGGAGAUCCACCACCCCACAGCGGAAUCGUUUAAUCGAUAUCAGAACAUUUAUGAUCAAAUUACAGGUUUUCGUAAAGAGAGAACUGACGAUGUUACAGUUGAUUACGAUAUGACACUGGAGGAAUUGAAAAGCUUCUUCUGCUGUAUUCCAACAUACAGAAAAUAUAACAAAUUAUUUGAUGAAAAAUCAAAUCCAGUAGACACGAUGGGAGAAAACUUGAAGAAACUUGUAAAUGCUGAUGAUAUCAAAGAUGAGGAUUUGAAAUUGCGUUUCACAGUGUCAAUGUUUUUCAUAUUUUUAUAUAAAGAAAUAUAAUGCAAUUUCCGUAGUACUGUGAUAGCAGAGGUGCACACGCAUUGAAUGCUGUCAUGAACAAAAA